AUGGCGUUGCUUCUGAAGAUUCUCCUCGCCGCUCUGCCAGCCGUGGUCGCUGGGCUUCCCCCAACCGCCACAGUAAAGAACGGCACUUACGAGGGCAAAUAUGUUGCUUUAUACGACCAAGAUCUUUUCCUUGGUAUCCCCUUCGCUCAACCGCCCGUUGGAGAGCUCCGUUUCCAGAACCCACAGAGCUUGAACAGCACCUUUGGCACUAGAAACGCUACGGAAUAUGCUGAUUCUUGCGUCGGUUAUGGAAACAGUGCAGCCUGGCCUUACACCCUGAGUGAAGACUGCCUGACAUUGAAUAUCGUUAGGCCUGCCAAGUCAGGACAGACCAAGGAUGACGAGUUGCUCCCCGUCGGUUUCUUUACUCACGGAGGAGGGUGGUCGAUGGAUUAUAGUGCCAAUGGCGUGUACAAUCUGAGCUUCAUCGUCGAAGAAUCGGUCAAGAUGGGAAAGCCAUUCAUUGCCAUCUCCGCAGACUACCGAAUGUCUUUCUGGGGCUUCAUGGCCAGUCAAGACAUCCUCGACGCAGGGGUAGCCAACCUCGGCCUCAAGGACCAGCGAAUUGCUAUGCAGUGGAUCAAUGAGAAUAUCGAAGCCUUUGGCGGUGACCCAGCCAAGGUGACCAUUUGGGGCGAGAGCGCAGGCGGUGGUAACGUCUGUUAUCAUGCCACUGCCUACGGCGGUCGUGACGACGGCCUCUUCCGCGGCGUCAUUGCUGAGUCCGGCGCCGAUGGCAGCCACAUGAAGAACCUGAUGGAACCUCAGCAGAUCUAUGAUACCAUCGUCGGCAUUGUCGGAUGUGAUGGUAGUUCAGACAAACUUGCCUGCUUGCGUACGGUCCCCUUCGAAAAACUCAAUGCGACAAUCACCGAAAUAUCAGGUAGUUUCUAUCCCAUUGUGGAUGGGGACAUCAUCCCGGACUUACCAUCGGUGCUGCUGGACGCCGGAAAGUUCACCAAGACGCCUAUUUUGCUCGGCACGAACGCUGACGAAGCCACGAUGUUUGCUGGCACCGGGGUUAACACGGACGAGGACAUUGCAAGUCUCAUUCAGUCGUCUGGACUAGAUGCCAACACAACCGAGAUACUCAUGGCACUCUACCCUGACAUAGACUCCCUCGGGCUGCCAGCUAACUACCGUGUUCAACCCGAUGGACCCGUGGGGAAGCAGUUCAAGCGCUCGGUGGCGUUGCUGACGGAUCAAAUGUUCCUUUCAUGGCGGCGUCUGAGGACCGAUGCAUGGUCCAAAUAUGGUGCGCCAGCCUAUUCAUACCUAUUUGAGUCGCCAACCUCAUCCAGCACCAGCCAUUUCACUGAAAUCGGCUACGUUUUCUACAACAGAAUUGGCCUUGGCUAUGCCGCCGGCCAAAGCCCGCUCGCAAACGCAACCCAGGACGUGCUAGAUCUGGCCAAACUGACCACUCGCAUGUGGAUCAGCUUCAUCACCGAUCUUGAUCCAAAUAACCAUGGAGAGCCUGAGCAGACUCUUGAGCUGGGUAAAGAAUGGUAUACUCAUGUGGUGUCUAACUCGAUAGCCUCCCAAUACUUCAAGACACCAAUAAAACCCACAAAACAAAACCCAGUAAAGUCGAUGCUCAAGAUAGAUGAGAUAUAA